AUGGAGGUGGAAGAUAAUACAGUACAUUACACGAGUCCUUAUCCGGAGUGGUUUAUAGACAAGUCACGUGAUCAGGAACAAUCGGCUGUACAACAACAGAUGUGGUUGCUGACAGGUUUAGUUGUUCACUCUAAAAACUGCGCCCUGCAUCUAGCGCUUUAUCAGUGGCACCUUAACAACUCUCUGGUACCGGUUGCGGCUGACGAGUUGAGCAAGAUCCUGAAAGAGUUUCCAGAUGAUCCCGAGUUAGUGAGACAUCUUACUGACCUUCUGGCCCUUGUUAACAGCGAUAGUAAUUCUGUCGAGGUGGACGUCUUGAAGUCACUAACUCUUGCAGAACAACAGGGGAUUUACCUUACUAUAGCAACCUCUCAGAGCCACGAUAAACUAGCGUGUACAUCCACCGUGCUCCAGAUGAUGCGAGCCUAUCCCUCCGCCAUCGCACAACAUGCUAUAUCAGCCGCUAAAGUCCUGAUUAAGUACGAGCAGCAACAAGGAUCCGAACUGGGAUCCAUCAAUCCUCUUCGUAAAAUGUUGAUACUCGAGCUUAUGCCUCUUAUACUCAGCAAGGGAACAGAGUUUCUUGAUACUCUAACUGAGACAGUGGUGACGUUAUUUGUACAGUUAGUGGCUCAUUACUACAUUGAGUGUGCCAAUGUUACUGAUCCUGCUGUCAAGGAGGAGUACAGGAUUACAGAUCCUUGGUCAGACUUGAAAGAAAAUUUGGUGAAAUUCGCCAAGUUACAUAGCUGGCAGAUUUUACCUGACUUUCAGUCAGUUAACGUCCCGGCAAUACAGAAACAUGUGGAGGAGGUUACAGCAACAGAUUCUACUGACCCAGGACUCUUCUACUGCCUCCUCUUCCUCAUGUUCGAGUACAGCUUCAAGUACAUAAAAGCUGUUGACUCUUUCUCUCUCAUACUCGUUAAAUCGAAUGACAAGCUUGAGCCACCUAAAAUUGCUGCAGUUCCUGUCGACGAAGAACCAGCUCGGAAACGGCGAAGAACACUAAGUAUAACGGAGUCGAGUAGUAACAUUCUCUCCUGCUUUUCUAUAGCCCGCAUGUCUCACAGGUAUCUACAACAGAAAAUGGGUAAGCAGUACAACUCAGUCGGAGAGGAACUGAACGCUCAGUCAUGGAGGUGGUAUUCCCUAUUUCUUGCGGACGUAGCCGUCUUCAACAACGACACAGAUCUCGCUGCUACUCAACAGAAUCAUUGCAAGGAAAAUCCAAUGGACGAGUUGAGGAUCCUCACGCAGCAAGCGCUCGGAAGCAAUGGUCCAAGUAACACCUUCAAAUCAUUGUGGUCUCUCUUGGACAACCUUCCAACCCACUCCGAAACGGCCCCUCAAUCCGUCCCUGACAUUGGCCUCUCAAACCCCGACACCAACGAGAACUUUUCAUUCGUAGUAAACACACGGUCAAAGCUUUGUCUCCACAUAUGUAGAACACUUAUAAACAUGGUCCAGGGUAGGGUGUCUAAGACAAAACAAUCGGACAUCCUAGCCCUGCUCCUUAUCAUCUAUCAAUUCGAUGUUGAUACUUUUGAGACGGAGCUCGAGCGAACUGUAGAGGCAGUGAAAUCUGUCAAAACUUUCAAAUACAAGGGUCUUCUGGGUCAAGUUACUGAGGUUGGUUUGUUAGAGGAGUUGUUGCACCUAGCCGUUCACACGGACAUUAGGCUGGAUAUUUCUAGCGAUGCCAAAAAACGGUACAAUAAGGAGGAUGUGAUAAAAUGUAUAAAACAGCACGUGGAACACUGCAAAGAUUCAAGCGAGGAGGAUGUUAUACGGUUUAUUUUAGAUCACAAGGAGCUCAUUGAGACGAAGUUUAGCCAGUUUGCGUUUGCUUCUAGUUAGUGAAGGUUUAUCUAUUGUAGGACCUGCGUGAUGAUGAACUGUGUGUUAAAUUAUUGACUAUAAAUUACAAAAGAGAAUUAGUGAAAUUGUGUUUUAUUUCAGUUGUGAUACACUAGAAGCAAUAGAGUUAGUGCGAUCAUGUUAAAAAUUUUUAAUCGUUUACAUUUUUUUCAAUUCAGCUC